CAGUAAUUAAAAGAACACUAUAAAUAUAUUAAUAAUGGUUAUUUUUUUGUAGUUUACCGAGAAAGAAAUUAUCGGUUCAAAGAGCUUUUGUUCCAGUCUAUGAAUAAUGCCUUGCCGUUUCUGUUUGGUCUUUUUCCUACUUUCCCUCACUCUCUUUAAUGGUAUACUCUGCUUCUAUGAGAUCUCCGUCAAUUAUCCAUUUCUCAGGAUAAUUUCAUAAAAUAAAAUUGGUCCUGAAGAAUUAAUAAUCUUCUCUAAGUCCUGGACAAGGUUGAGUUUUCUCAUAAAAAAUUGUUUAUGUCAAAUUGAAGAAGAUAAAGGGGAGAAAAGAUUGGAUUUUUACCAGUUUUCCAGAGCUGCAAAAUGGAUGUAGGCCAAGGCAGCUCGAUUGAAGAAAUUAAGGAUUUACAGACCAACACUUCAUGGAUUCCAGCAACUCCGGGGAAGCCAGGUUUUGCGGCAUUGCCACCAAUUAGCAAGUAUAGGCAGGAAAACCAGCCAGCUCAAGUUGAUUGGUUGGAGUUGCAGAUGAAAAAAGCAGAAGCAGCAGCGGCACAUGCUGCUGGCGCCACAGCCGAAGCUCAAAAUGCAGCUGCUUACAAUGGUUCAACAAGUUCAGUAACAGUAGAUCGGUGCUUCACCACCUGGGAAGCUGCUGUAGGCACAAAAUCGGAAAUGUCUGGAGGUGGUAUAAAGAUGAGCAAUAACUUCUCUAGUGAUAACGUAGACAUGUGGACUAAUGUGUCUUUCGGAGAUCUCUUGGCGAUGGCACAUGCUGCUGGCACCACGCCCGCAGCUGGAAAUGCAAAAGAUGAUACAGCUUAUAGUGCCAGGAGUUAUUUCAAACCACUCGUCAGUUCUCAGAGUGCAGAUGGAAGCUCCACUUUUCCCAGCUCCCCUUUCAACUCGAAUUCACCCCUAAGAAUGACGGAUGCAAUCUUGAGCAACGUCCCAUUCCAGCUCGAACCAGUAACACCAGAUCUGAUCAAGAGUAAAGGGCAAGCAUCUAAUGCGUCAAACCUAGACAUUAAUGUUACUACAUUACCAAGAGGUGUACAGUCAAAUGAAGAUACAAUACAGAGAGCUGAAGCAAAUGAACUCCAACAGAGCAGAGAGCAGUCGGAGCUGGUCUUAAAUCAAUCAGAAUUGCAGGAGAAUCACAAGUUUGACAUGGAAGGCAAACAGGAUAGUGAACUGAAUAAUACAACACCAGAGAAAAAACCAAGAAGAAGAAAACACAGGCCCAAGGUGGUUGUAGAAGGCAAGCCUAAAAGGUCUCCUAAACCAAGAACCGAAAAGCAGGCUGGUUCAUUGGAGACAAAAACAGAAAAGAGGAAGUAUGUCCGAAGAAACAAGGUUGGCAGCCCUGCACCCACUUCUGCUGAAGAGGUAAACAAUACAAUUGAUGAGGGAAAGACUCCUAGUUCCAAAGAAACACCACAAGCAAAGAGGAAGUACGUCAGAAGAAAUCAAGUUAAGAAGAGCACAGAAAAACCCUCUGAAGAGGGGAGCAGUGGAACAACUGAUCCGAAAAAGGUUUCUCCUCCUAGAAAAUCCUGCAAGAGAACGUUGAAUUUUGAAUUUGAAAGACAAGCAAGUGAUGAACACUCAUCAUACAGGCCCUCAACUUUGGAUUUGCAUGCAAAUCAAACCGAAUCAACUGCACAAUGUGUACAGUCUGCACAACUUGGACAAGGUAUGGAAGGCCCCAAUGAAAAGACAGUAGUGGGAACAACUUAUAACAUCAACUGUUCCCUGAACCAGGAGCUGAGAAAUUACUUGUCACAGCAUGAAGUGCAAUACCUUAGUUCUCCAUCUCUGGACAAGGUUGGCUGGAAUCAUGAUGAAGUCAUGGUUGGUAAUCAAAAUGAAAGCACAAGAGGAAAUUAUAGAAUCAAUUUUUCAGAUUUAACUCGUGAUAAACAGGCAAGCAUACUACAAAUGACACCACAGAGCCCGAAUUGUUCCAACUGCAGCAGCAGCACAUGCUUGCCACAUGGGAAAGGCUUGAAGAGACAGCGUUCAUAUAGAACUGACGAAGCACAAUUCUACAGCUUAAAUGCCAGAGGAGUGUAUUUCAAUUCCAUGCAGGCUUAUCAAGCAAUCCUUCCAGCAAACAAACCUGAAGUUUAUAGUAGCCUAGGGAUGCAUUGUCCUGCAAUUUACAAAAAAAAGAGAACAGAAGAGGGCCACAGCUCACCAGCAUCUUACAUUAAGCAUUUUACUAGCGAAAUUAACCAUGUGCUUUCAUCGCAGUGCAAUAUCAGUGGUUCCCCUAGCAACAAUUCUUCAACCAAUAUAGCCUACAACAGACUGCAGAACUCCGAUUUUGUGCCAGCAGUUGUGGAAGCAGAGAAGUUAAGGAAGAGGAGAUCAAAAGGCGCAACUCAAGUGCAUGAGUUAGCAUCUGUGCGUGAAAUUUACAAACAAUUUCAGACUUCUACAUCCAAAUACGCAACAAAAUGCAGACUUGGAGAAAGAUACAAGACUUCACAUCUAUCCAAUGCAUGCAUGGAAGCUCCAAUUGCGGACACCCGAGCACCGAUGAAGACAAAAAAGCAAUCAAAGAAAAGCACCUUUGUCAGCUCAACAGCUUCCAACAUGUACAUCCAUCAACAAUUCACAACAAAUGCAAGGGGUCCCCCGCCAGCUUUAACAUGGAGAGGCAUGUCUCCAAUUGAUGAAAUCGCAGAACACUUACAGCGUCUCGAUUUAAAUAGAGAAAGCAGCCAAAUUCAAGGUCAACAGGGAAGUGUCACCUACCACACCAAGUUUCAAGGGGAGAGUGCCCUUGUUCUUUAUCAAAGAGAUGGAAGUAUUGUUCCUUUCGGAAGUUCAUUGGUUAGGAAACGAAAACCACGGCCAAAAGUUGAUGUUGAUGAUGAGACUGAUAGGGUAUGGAAGCUUUUGCUGCAAAAUAUAAACAGUGAAGGCGUUGAUGGAACAGAUGAAGACAAGGCAAAAUGGUGGGAAGAAGAACGUAGAGUGUUUAAUAGUAGAGCAGACUCAUUUAUUGCGCGAAUGCGUCUUGUCCAAGGAGACAGGCGCUUCUCACCUUGGAAGGGAUCUGUUCUGGACUCCGUAGUUGGAGUAUUUCUUACACAGAAUGUUUCAGAUCACCUUUCCAGUUCUGCAUUCAUGUCACUCGCUGCUCACUUUCCUCUGAAGACAAAAAGCAGUACUCAGAAGCAUGAACGGAGAACAGCUAUCAUAAUUGAAGAACCUGAAGUGUGUGCAACAGAUCCCAUUGUUUCUAUCAGAUGGCAUGAAGAUCAAGCAAACCAGUCAACUCGAUGUCAGGAUUCCUGGAGAGUCUAUAAUACAGAUUCAAACGAAGAAAAAACAGCUGUCAACAGCUCUGAAUCAAGUGAAAAUAGCACACAUUGCAUACAGUCAGCAGAACAUUCUGUAAUUCUGCAAUCAGAUUCUUCUAGAGAAGGUUCAGAUCUGUAUCAUGAAUCAACACUUAUGGGUUUCAAAGAUAAAAAAGAAUUAAACGAUUUGCCUUCUUCUCCGAGUUCUGUAGUUUCUUCUGAGAACUCUGUGGUUAUUCAAACUUCAGAAAGAACUGACACAAGCAGCUUUUGCAGCUCCACUUCUUUUUUGAAGCUAUUACAGAUGGCAGGAACUUCAGGAGCACGAGGAACCACGUGCACUGAAUACUUACAAGAAGGUGGAAACUUCCCAGUCCUUAGCAAGGAACGUAGUGCCCUCGAACAAAGUGGAUCAUUGGUAGAAUGUGCAUAUCCAGAACUGUCCACAACACUGAGGAGUGAAACGUAUAUCUCAUGCAAUGACCCUCAAAAUAAGUUGGACAUAGAGACAGUUAAUAAUGCAGAAGUCAAUGCCAAACUACAGUUUCAAACUGAACAUAGAAAUUGCAAUGUACCCCAAGUUCCAGAAGCACCAACCUCUUCAGAAACCAAUAUAGAAGUCACAGAAAGGGCCAGCAUAGUUGUUGAUUCAUGUAAGUCUGAGCAAAGAGCUGUGGAGUCAAACUUGAAAAAUGUCAGUGAUCAUGCUUGUAGCAAAGUAGACAGUGUAAAUGACAAUCCUUCUAAAGCAAAAAAAGGACAGCUCGGGAAGGAGAAAGAGAACAUUGAUUGGGACAGCUUACGGUUAGAGGCCCAGGCCAACGGCAAGAAAAGAGAAAGGACAGCGAACACAAUGGACUCACUGGACUGGGAAGCAGUGAGGUGCGCAAACGUCAAUGAGAUAGCCCACACAAUUAAAGAACGAGGAAUGAACAACAAGCUGGCAGAGAGGAUCAAGAACUUUCUUAACCGGAUUGUCAGUGAACAUGGAAGCAUUGAUCUUGAAUGGCUGAGAGAUGUUCCACCAGACAAAGCAAAAGAGUAUCUAUUGAGCAUAAGGGGCUUGGGUCUGAAGAGCGUGGAGUGUGUGAGACUUUUAACACUUCACCACCUAGCUUUCCCAGUUGACACAAAUGUUGGGCGUAUUGCUGUUAGGCUAGGGUGGGUGCCCCUGCAGCCGUUGCCUGAGUCACUACAAUUGCAUCUUCUUGAGCUGUACCCAGUACUGGAGUCAAUCCAAAAGUACCUAUGGCCACGUCUCUGCAAGCUUGAUCAAAGAACAUUAUAUGAGCUACAUUACCAUAUGAUCACCUUCGGAAAGGUCUUCUGUACAAAAAGCAAACCCAAUUGCAACGCAUGUCCACUGAGAGGAGAAUGCAGACACUUUGCAAGUGCCUUUGCAAGUGCGAGGCUUGCCCUUCCCGUGUCGGAAGAAAAAAGCAUUGCGUCUGCAACAGAAAACAAAGCCUCUAACAACAAUCCAAGGGAAAACUUCACUCACCUGCCUCUGCCAUUACCUCCGGGUAAUCAACAACCAGUGGAGCAUCAGAAGUUGAUCAACUCAGCUCCUAUUAUUGAAGUGCCAGCAACACCAGAGCCCAUUGUUGAACUUCCUGCCACACCUGAGCAAGAGCAAAUACAAGCACCAGAAAUUGACAUAGAGGACAAUUACUUUGAAGAUCCUUGUGAAAUUCCUACAAUUGAAUUGAAUAUGGCAGAGUUCACUCAAAAUUUAAAGAAGUAUGUCGAAAACAAUAUGGAGCUUCAUCAGGUAGAAAUGUCGAAUGCCUUAGUAGCCUUAACUUCAGAAGCUGCAUCAAUUCCCAUGCCUAAACUUAAGAAUGUCAGCCGGCUGAGAACUGAACAUCAAGUAUAUGAACUUCCAGAUUCUCAUCCACUUUUGGAAGGGUUGGACAAACGAGAACCAGAUGAUCCUUGCUUCUAUCUUCUUGCUAUUUGGACACCGGGUGAAACAGCAAAUUCUUUUCAACCUCCAGAAACACAGUGCAACUCUCAAGAAUCUGGCAAACUAUGUGAAAACGAGACAUGUUCCUCAUGCAACAGCAUACGUGAAGCACAUUCUCAGACAGUAAGAGGGACUCUUCUGAUACCAUGUCGAACAGCUAUGAGAGGAAGCUUUCCACUCAAUGGUACCUAUUUUCAGGUCAAUGAGGUGUUCGCAGACCAUGACUCCAGCCUCAACCCAAUUAAUGUCCCAAGGGAUUGGCUGUGGAAUCUCCCACGGCGUACUGUCUACUUUGGAACCUCAAUACCGACUAUAUUCAAAGGACUAACCACAGAAAGUAUACAACACUGCUUUUGGAGAGGGUUUGUUUGUGUGCGGGGAUUUGAUCAGAAGACCCGAGCACCUCGACCGUUGAUGGCACGGUUGCACUUUCCAGCCAGCAAGCUAAACAAGACUAAAGGAAAAACAGAUGAAGACCAUGGAGCAGCACACUGAAUAUAGCUAUCCAGGUAAUCAUGCCAAACAAGCUAACAGCAUUCAAUAUCAUGCAGUUCUAAGCCAGAUGGUGAAAAGAAGAUAGGUAUUUUGUUAACUUAUAAAGUAGAAACGAAUAUGUGAUGAUAAUUUUUUUUUGUAAAUAACAGUUAUGAUGUUUCUUUAAAUAGCUACAAUAUAUUGAAUCAGUUUAUUCCUAUUUAGUUCGAUCGAAUUCUGUAAGAUAAUGGACUUACAGAGCCCAUUAUCUUACUUUUAAGUAUUAAUAGCCUGAACUGAACAAAGUUGUAAUG